AUUUGAAGAGGACUGCGAAUUGGAAGGAGCGCCGCAGCCUCAGCCUCGUCGUGCGGUGUUGCUGUUGUUGUUGGUGGUGGUGGUGAUUGAAACUCGCCCUCAACGCUUGGCGACAGACAGCGCAGCUUAGCUGGCAGGCUGCCUAAAUUGCUUGACUCGUCUCCGCUGGUGGUUGCUCGCUUCGAUUUCACAACAAUUCGAUUUAAAUGCGAAUUGUCCGCUCGCCGAGUGUAACGCGCUUGUGCAUCCGUCACCGUUAGUUUUGGCAAAUUUUUGCACUGUUGCACAAAGGCAUCACACACAGACGCUGCAACAUAUGUGCGCUCAAUACCGACACGCACAUUUAAUGACCAUUUAAGGGACAUUAAUUUGCUCCCAACGCGUCCAGUCGGGUCAACGCAGUGACACAGCGCAGACAGCAAGCUCAUCUACCGAAUCUUUCUCGAAAUCGUUGUGUUGCAGUUGCAAUGUGGCAAUGUCGUGUUGUAAUGUGAACGGUGAAUGUGGUUGUUGCUGCUGACGCGGCAGUGCCGAGAAUUUGUUGGAUUUAAUUAAAAGUGUCAAUUAAAUUAUAACCGUGAAUUAAGUAGUCGAUUCAACCGCAGACGAAAUAAAGAGUGCGCUUCUCGAGGAGCGGGGGUAGGCACAUGCUGCUGGUGUUUUGAAAGUGUGUUAAUGACUUGGCGCACGAAAAGCAUUUACAAAAACAAAGCUAAUUUUUGAACCAUAAAAAUAAUAUUGACAGAAGUGCAAAUAUAAAUCAAUAAAAUGUUUGAAGCCACCAAAACUUGUGCAAACGAAUGAAAAAUAAUAAUACCAGAUAAUUAAGAAAUCGGUUUCAUCCGUCCGGGGAGCUGAAAGGCAUGUGAAAGCUUGAAUUUUUUACGCCUUCAACAUUCAAUUCAAGUUUCGAAGCUUCGAAGGAUACAAGCUCAUACUCAUAUGUAUGUACAUAUGUAUAUACGGGACUCCUAUGUAAGCAAAUAAAAAUUAUAGCAAAAAGAAAUUAGAAAAUAAAAAUACCUGCACUUUGUGUGUGUGUGGGUGUUUGAAAGCGCCUCACACUUCCGCAUCUCGAAUUGAUGCCAAUGACUCUUUUUAUGUCACUUUGGAGUUGCCGGAAGUUCGCCAACAUUUGAUUGAAUUAAUCCGUGUUAUGAAGGCCAGUCCGCUUGUGCGCCCAAGUCGAGAACGAAUCUAUUGAAAUGUAGUGCUGCUGCGCCAAGCUUUCGGCACACGAACUGUGAUAAAACAUGUAUACGAGCGAUUAACUUCUCUGAAAAUAAUACGAAGCAACUACCAACACUCUACCACACACAAGUAAACCGUUAUUCAAUCAAAUUGAAUACGCUAGAAAAAGUACCGAGAACUCACAACGGAAAUUUCAAUAUCAAAAUCAACGCGUUAAGUGGAAAACCGGCAAGCUGUCUGCGCUAUCGAUUCGGAACUUUUCAGCAAACAUGCUGAACAAUCUGGGCGCCAAUGUCUUGGGUCCCAAAGAUUGUGAUUUACCCAAGGCCGCAAUCACGGCCUUGCACGCCGGCGUCAACAAUUUCGGCCAAUUGCCGCCGAACGCGCAGAAUCCGGGCGACGCGGUGCUGAACGGCGGCGGCGGUGGCGGCGGGGCGCGGCUGCACGUCACUGGCGGCCUCUGCGACACGCCCAAUCCGCAUCACAAUAACAACAACAAUAAUACCAAUAACAACAACAUGCAACAGCAGGAUCAGCGUUUCUAUCUCUUGCAGAACUCGGAUAAAAACAACAAGCAGAAGCGACAUCGCACACGCUUCACGCCCGCCCAAUUGAACGAGCUGGAGCGGUGCUUCUCGAAAACACACUAUCCGGACAUUUUCAUGCGCGAGGAAAUCGCGAUGCGCAUCGGACUGACCGAGUCCAGAGUGCAGGUUUGGUUUCAAAACCGGCGCGCCAAGUGGAAGAAGCGCAAGAAGACCACAAAUGUCUUCCGUACGCCGGGCGCGCUGCUGCCAUCGCACGGACUGCCGCCCUUCGGCGCCAACAUCACCAACAUUGCCAUGGGCGAGGGCCUCUGCGGCACCGGCAUGUUCGGCGGCGAUCGCUGGGGCGUGGGCGUAAAUCCGAUGGCUGCAGGUUUUGGUCAACUAAAUCAAUCUUCGCCGCUCUCAUCUACAAUAAAUAGUGGUCUUAAUUCGGGUAUUAACAUUGGCUCCGCAAUGGGUGCUGGCAGCUAUCAGCAUUAUGGACUAAACGCUUUAGGUGAUUCGAUGAUGUAUCAGCACACGGUUGGUGGCGUUAGCUGCGGCGCCAGCGGCUCGCCCACCACGACCACGCCUCCGAACAUCAAUUCGUGCUCAUCGGUCACACCGCCACUGUCGAAUCAGCCGAACGCGGGGCCAAACGACAUGAAUGGCGACCAAAUGGGUGGUCCUCCACAUCAUCAACAACAACCACCAACGCCGCAACAGCAACAACAGCAGCAGCAGCAACAGCAACAAGCCCACCAACAAAAUCACCACCAUCAACAACCACCACCACAACAACAACAACAACAACAACAGCAACAACAACCCCAGCCACAACAUCAAGAGCAUACGGCAAAUAAUGGUGGCUCCCACAUGGUGCCACAUUGCCACCAAUCCAUGCAAUCACCAUCAGAUGGCGGCAAUGUCGGCGAAGAAGAUGUCUGGCGAGGACACAGUAUAGCCGCCUUGCGGCGUCGCGCUUCCGAACUAAAUGCCACAUCGGCGAUUCCAUCGUAUUUGCAUCACGCGGCCGCCGCCCACAACAACUACGAACAUCACAAUUCGGUCUACUGAAAUUUGUUGAAGAGCUUUGAAAGCUUUUCGGAUUACGGUUUCCCCAGUUGUGGGAAUCAUGAGUUCUAACAUGUGACCAAAGCGGAUGCUGAUGGCAAUGGUGGCAUGGCGCAAGGGUGGUGAUAUUAAAAAACAAAACGGUUGAUGAUGACGGUUACAUGAAGGAAUAGAAGAAAGUUGAAACGCACAGCAGUUUGGCAGCCACUGGGCGCGCAGCAGAGUACAGUGGCUGUAAGGGCUGUGGUGAAGGUUUAUUUUUUGUUGAAAAGUUUACACAGAGCCUAGCAAAGAACCGAACGAAGUAUACGUAAAAAGUGAACUGCAAGCAUAAUGCAAAUUUAGAAUUAAGAUUCAAAAACAAAUAAAAUUGUAUGCACUGCAUUAUGACUUAAAUUGUUUGUAUGUAAGUAUUAGAUUAGAAUAUAUACACAAAUACGAAAGCAUAUUGAAAUUGUGAAAAGACGGAAGUAGCAGAGGUAUUGACAAAAACUUAACUGAAACAGUGAACUUUUUUUUUGUAUUUCAAAGAAACAAACCUUUUUUAACUGCGAAAGUCAAUAAUUUUUCGCUCACGACUGUAUACCUUUGAAAUUGUCUUUAUUUAUCUGUGAAAAUUAUGUUGCUUAAAAGCUAUUAAUUUCCUGUAAGAUUUAAAAAAAAAUUCUACCUACAUCCCCAGUAAAUUAUAUACAGUGACGCAAAAGUUUAAUCUCUAAAAUUUUAUUAAAAAAUUUAAAAUUAAAUAAAACUUUUCACAGCUAAAAAGUUAGAUAGGAGAAUAAACAAAUAUAUUUCACCAAAUCCAUUUUCAAUUCGCACUACGCCCGUAUAACUUCUGAGUCACUGUAUCAGCUGUCAGUUUCGAUUAUUGAAACUAAAAAUUUGUUGCAAAUAAUAUUUAAAAUUUAAGUGUAUAUAAAAAUUUGGGUUUUGUUUAAAAGUGUCAUACUGUACUUAAGCAUAUACUUAACGAAUUAAAAAACGCAAUUAAAGACUAUAAAAUGUAAAAGAACAAAUGUAUACGAAAUGAAGAGCAGUGAACGAGUAAUUAUAAAUUAUCAAAUUAAAGUUAAACUUAGUGACUAUAUUUACAUAUAUCUAUAUACAUGUUCCCAAGUAAGUUAUUACAUAAUUAGGUGCUAAGUAAAUGUUAAUUAAAUUCAAAUAUAAAUAAAUAAAUCACAACAAAAAGCCGAGCAGAACAAAAAAAGUGUCUGAAAAGAGACAAACAUAAACAUACAUAUGUAUACUAUAUACAAAGUUACACGACUACGCACGAAGUAUACGAAGGAAAUGUUAUUAAAUGUCAACAUAAUAUGAGCUUUUGAAAUUUUCGUUGAAAGAUUUGGAAAAAAAUAACUUUAAACUGCAAAAAACAAAAUCGAUCUUUUUAUGGUUAUUGGAUCAAAGCCGUUUUUCGACAGGUGAAGUUCUAAGAAAGUAAUUUCUCCUUUAUUCGAAGUUAGUCUCCAAAAUAAAAAAAUAAUUUAUGCGUUAUUCGAAGUUAGUCUCGAACAUAAAAAAAAAUGUUUCUCCGAAAAAAAAUUUCGAAUUUCGCAAACUUCGAUAAACGAAAGAAAAUACUUUUUUUAGUAACUAAUACACAUUUCAUCCAAUAAGACAAAUUUCGAAAAAAAUCUUCGAAUUUCGCUAACUUCGAAAAACGAAAGAAAAAUAUUUUUUUUAAGAUUUUUAGUAACUAUAACUAAUAAACUUUUUUCUAAUAAAUCAAAUUUCGAAGAAAAAAUUAUUUCGAAUAUCGCUAACUUUGAAAAACGAAAGAAAAUACUUUUUAUCAUUUUAAGUAACUAUAACUAAAAACAUUUUUUUCUCAAAAGCCAAAUUUCGAAAAAAAUCGAGUUUUGCUAACUUCGAAAAAACGAAAGAAAAAUACUUUUUAUCAUUUUUAGUAACUAUAACUAAUAAACUUUUUUCCAAUAAAUCAAAUUUCGAAUUUGAAAAAAAAAAUAUUUAGAAUUUGGCUAACUUCGAAAAAAGAAAGCAGUACUUUUUAAGUUUUCGAAAGAAAAAACUUCGAAUUCCGAAAAAAAAAUCGAAAUUCGAAAAUAAUAUUUCGAAUUUGGUUAACUUCGAAAAACAGAAAAAAUACUUUUUUCCUUAGAACUCCAGCUCUUGGAAAUAUUUUUUGGUCCAAUAUCUCGUUGAGUAUUGUACAGCGUAAUUUAUCCUAUUAUAUAAUUUUGUAACAAUUUUUGAAAAAAUUACAGUUAUUUGCUUGUGUAUGUACAUUAACUAAUUUUAUCCAAACUCUGCUUCAUUUUGUGCAAUAAUACUUUAAAUUUAUUUAAUUAAAUCUUCCUGGCUACUAUUCACUUUAUAAAGAUAAAUACGCAAGAAAAAUUAACAACAACAAAUGCGUUGAUGUUGCCCGGACAAACCAGCCAAAAUUCAAUAUUUCACACACGAACACACAUUCUUACAAAUGUUUGUCUUUGUGAACAUUUUAAAUUGAUGUAUCUACUAUUUGCCCAUAAACAUAAAGCUUCGACUUAGGUGUAAAUAAAUGCUGCACAGUGGGCCAAGCGUGUGCUUUCGGCGAGCGUAAGAAAGUUGGGGUAUGUGUGUUACUUAAGUGAUCGGAAAAUUGUUUAUAUUUGUUUGAUGUUAAGAUAUUUGAUUGAUUAAAAUGAAAAAAUGCGAAGACAAGAUAAAAUGAAUAUUCUUCAUAGAAAGAAGGUGUAGACUAUCAGAGAAUUUCUAGCGGCAGAUCAGAAUUUUCACUGCUUUCAAUAUUUGUAAACAACAGUGUUGCGAAAAAUUUACAUUUUCAGUCUUUACAACAAAAAUUGUUAUUCUAAUUAAUUUAAUAAAAAGCAUUUCCUUGUUGCUUUUCGAAAUUGAGUGCUUUAUUUCUUUCGUAUCAGACUUUUAUAUUUUAAUUAAUUAGUUCGUAUUUUUCAUUUCUUCUUCUCAAAUCUACGCAUAUGAUCACUUACUCCAUUACGACACCUAAAAAUCUUACGAGCGCAGAUGCACACUCUCCCACUGUGCUACAGUUCUCUUAAAGAGUAAGAGCAAAAAGAAUGUUAAAAUAAAACCGCAUUAAGAAAUACAUACAUACAUACAUGUGCUAAUCGGAGGGAGAUAAUAUUGCAAUAGGCUUUAAUGCAUACGUAUACUUUAAUAUUUAAGAUAGCUACGGAUGAAUGUAAACUCUAUACAAUAACUAAAUAUUGCAUUGCUGCUUAAAUUAGAACAAAAACAAAAAAGCAUAAAAAAUUAUUAAAUUAAAUGAAUGAAAAAUAAUAGCAUAUGUAUAACAGUAAUGUGUGAGGAGAAUUAAGAAUAUGUACUUGUAAAUAAAUAAAUGCGUACUUAUGGAUUAAUAAUUAA